ACUUUACGAUCCGUAGUUCGAAAAAUGUCCCGGAUGCAAACAGGGGGGCAGUUUCAAAAUUGGAAAUGGGGUGGAAAUACUGAACUACAACAAAGCUGGAUUGAAAUAGAUAACUGGUUCAUACAAGAAUAACUUUUUUGAGACGUUUAACCGAAUAAUUCGUCUUCAACCACGUCAGUGGGGACCAUGCAGCGCUGGACAUGGGUGCAGGACCUGCUGGGACCGCAGAACCUGUUGGGACCUCAGCAGCUGAAAGGGAAGUCGUUUUACCUGGACAGCGUGAAGAGUCGCCAUUCCACUGUGCUCGUGGAGGCCAUCACUCGCCUUGGAGGGAACGUGGAGAGCUUCCUCAAUAAGGACGUGAACAUUGUGAUAACUGGCAGCCAGGAGGCUUGGACUGAGUGUCAGCCGAGGGAGGCUCUGAGAGUGGCGGGUGGGACAAAGGGCGUGGCUUCCUGCUCCCCAGUCUCCGCCCACAACAGGCAGUCUCAGGACGGCACAAGCAGCCAGCGCUGUGCCACUCCCAGGCCAGCAGUAUGUGGUAGCCGUGGGAAGGCCCUCCUGGAAAAAGCAAUCGGCAAUAACGAGCGCUGUCGUGGAAGCAGUGUGCUGACCAACGCUCGCAUGUGGGGGGUGAAGAUUGUGCACGUGGACGAUUUCCUGUUGUACAUCGAAAGAUUGACAGCGGCGACUGCUCGGGCCAAAAACAGGAAGGUGGAGAAAAAGGCUGGGGGGUCUUCUGCUCCCAAGGUUGCCAAAGCGGGAGCGCUGAAGUCGCCGUACUUGAAGAUCGAGGACUCGAGCAGGAAGUACAGGCCCCUCCACUUGCAGUCCAUGGUCUUCCCCACACUGGGCUACACGGGCAGGUUCAGCCCUUUCGAGCCCCCCGCCCCUCCGCCCCCAGAGGCGGGAAAGGACCAGGGGAACCACCGAACCAAGGAGAGGAGGCCGGACCCGAGCACCAGCCAGGAGAAGCUUCCGCCGCCCCUUCCCCUGACCCCUUCGCCCCGCCGGGCCCGGAAGAAGACCGUGGGCUUCUGCGAGUGCUGCCAGCUGGCCUUCAAGGAGCAAGACGAGCACUUGAAGUCGGAUCAGCACCGUGGGUUUGUGCGGGACGCGUCUCACUACAGCGUGCUAGACCAGCUGGUGGCCCUGAUGGAGCCCGUCUUCGCCCGCGGUCCGACGGAGAGCCUGGCGACGAUGAGACUCCCGUCCCCCCGGGUCCUCCCCCUGGACUCUUCCCUGGAGCUGGAUCCCCAGGCUGACAGCGAGGCGGAGAAGGCCAUCCAGGCCCUGCUGUCCCAGGGCAGCCCCCCCAGGCCCCGUCCUCAGCCGGCCCAAGACACCGCGGCGCUCCCCGUUUCACCAGAGCGGGCGGAGGCGGGGCCGGGGGCGGUACCUCCGGCUGCCUCAGCCAAUCCCACCCCAGCAUCCAGCCCUCCAUCUCCCGCUCGUCAGCGGCAUCGCCCAGAAACGGGAUGGGCUCGCGCGGCCGAGGACGGAGGGGCGGGUUCGGAGCGGGUGGAGCCGCCGGCCGGUAGCAGCUGGCCCGCGCCCGCCUCUCGGACCCCUGGCCCGCCCGUGACGGACAGGGCAGGUUCCGGAACUCUCCGCAGCGCCCUGCCUUCGCCAGGCCCCAACCCCAGGAAGCGCGGCAGGGCGUCCAGCCUCAGCCCGAGGGCCGGCAAGAGGCGCAGGACCAACCGGCAACCCGCGUCCGACCCCGCUGUCACGCAGAGUCGAAGGGCCGCUAGCCUCUCCGUCGACCCCGUCCACCCGACACGCAAGGCUCCGCCUCUCCCCGUCCCGGCCCCAGUUCCUGCUGGCUGCUCGAGCCAGUCCGAUGCCCCCGGAGUUGCCGAACGGAAACGGGAAGUAGAUUUGGAGUCAGGAGGAGGACCGCGCGUCGACGCUCACCCCGAACCGAGCCGCUCUCCCUGUAACCUCAGUCCGCCUCUUCACGGUCUCGCAGUGACCGGCUGUGGGAACGGCAGCCGCGUGACAUCAUCAGUCUCGCGCGAGCACAGGAGGACGGAGCCUCAUCCUCGGGGGUUGCCUGACGUGGAAUCCCGCCUAAUGGAGGAUGUUCUCCCCGUAGUGAUAGACCUUCCCCAGCCGCCUCCUCCGUCCCUCCGGGACUCAUUUGAAGUGAGCGACCCCGCCGCGACCUUUACUGCUUGCCCUCAGCCCUCUCCCGUGCCCCGAGACUUUUCCCCUCUUCCGCCCCUGCCGCACCCCUCGGGUGACCCCUGCUUUCCCCCGGCAACCCCGGGCUCUGACCCCGCCCACGCUCGGUCCUUCUCCUCCGCGUUCAACGUGUCCGGCCUCCUCCCGGACCCCUCCGCCUGCUCCCCGUCCUCCUCCGAGUCUGACUGGGACCGCGGGCUGCUCUCCCGCCUCGCGCCUGCUGUUCCCCCUCCGGCCAGAGGAGGGCAGUGCUUGUGGGACCUGGACCUGCUGCAGAGGCCCUGUGCGGGGAUGCGGGGCAGCGGCUACGAGUCGCGCCUCUGCUCCGUGCUCCACCCCCCAACGCCUCCUCCGUCUCUUUGUGGUGAGGACACAGACCCCGCCCUGUUUUCCAGAACUACUGACCAGUGCCUCGAGGCCUGUGCCAUCCAGGGACUAGGGGUUAAUAUGUGAAGACUAAACUGAGAUGUACAGUAUAUUUUAUGAAUUUUAUUUUUUUAUUAUUAUUAUUUUGUGGUUUGGGGAGGGGGGGGGGGGUUCUUUUCCUUCUAAAUUUAUCCCACCUCUAUCAAUGACCAACCCCGCAGAGCUGAUUUUGCAACUGGAUUCUGCUUCAUCAGCACUUUUGCUUUCCUGUUGUAUCAAUCGCCUGACUUAAUUAGCAAUGAGUUAUGAUGAUGUCAGAAGACUGCAUAAUUCGCAUUUGGAUUUUCCUCCUCACGUGGAAGUGUAACGCGGUAUAUGAAAGCGCUUUUAGUCAUCCACCAGAGUGGAGGCUGCCUUUAAUUCCUGCUUUCAUUGCUUUGGGCUUUAGCUUUGUUAGCUUAGCCUUGCAGUAAGCGCGCAGUUAGGAUAGACUCUGGUCCAUUAGUGCAAAGUGCUGCUUUAGCCUUUGUCCGCUUGGAUAAUGAUGGUCAAAUCGGUAAUGUGUGCGCAAGGCGUGCGCCCCGUGAAUAAUGCAGGGGGGGCGCGGCGUCGCUUGGGUUUCAUAUUGCAGAAAGUCAAAAAUGCAUAAGCUAUCCUUCACGCCACUUUCAGAGGCGUGGCUCGGGUUACAGCGACAGUGAUGUCUCCCGGGGAGCGCGCGCGCCUCCGCUCUAAAACGCAGCGUCUUUUCACCGUCCGUACCGUUACAAAAUGGCCUCUUCGGCCGGACCGCGCGAGAUCGAUGCGAGCCGCUCUCUUUUCCGAGAGACCCUCUCAGUUAUGAUACCUCGGUGCUGGGAAGGAGGAUUUACUUGCCCGCAGUUUAAUCAGAUGAACCGACCAAUCAUGUAACCGAGAUGUCUGGAGUGGAAGACGACACGCUCUGUAACCUUAGAGUUAGAACCUGGAAAGAAUUUCCUUAUGAUAUUAGUUUUCUCUUUUUUCAUGGCAGCUGCGGUCUUACUGUUUUCAUUCCACCUGGGCACUUAAACUCCGCAGACUGGAGAACAGAUCCUGUUACAGUCAAUGGAACUGGCAUUCCCAGUAUGGGAAAACUUGUGAAAUGGAACUGGAAAAUGUGCUGGUAGGGCAGCCCUCCAGGACCAGGGUUGAGGAAAUGCACGGACAGCUUAACGUGAACUUCUCUAAGCUUUUUGACUGGUUAUUUGGCUGCCCCAGUCUCUGUUGGAGCCUGAUCCUGGCAGACCCUGUGCUCAGGAUCAUCUGUUUUAUCACUGAAUGUGGUCUCUUCAUUUUAGCUGUCUGCUGUAAUGUGCUGAAGCCCUUGCCAGUCCUGUGUGACUGGAUGAGCCUGAAUUCAGCAGCUGUAAGGGCACUACUUCCCUGGAGAUGCCUGGUCCUGUAGUAACUUUUUAAAUAGUCUUUUAAUGGGAUAUUGAAUCGUAGCAGUAUUUUAAAUCUUUAUUUGUAGGUAUCAUGUUUUUUAUUGUUUUAGCUGUUUUAACAAAUAAACAUUUCUAAUUGACAA